CAAGUUAGAAUUCAGGGUUAUGGCUAGCGAAGUAGAUAGGAAUAGUCGAGAGAAGAUAUCUGCCCAGCUUUAGUACUGAUUAAGGCUUAUUAUAAAUAUAAAAGCUUUGGGUUGUUUACCUGGGAACUGAAUGAUCUAAGGUAGGGUAGUGUAGUGGCUAUUCCUGGUUGUCAACUUGACAAUAUUUGGAAUGAACUACAAUUCGGAAUUGGAAGGCUCACCAGUGACCCUUAUCUGGAGGCUUGGAGAUCCUUAUCUGGAUCUUGGUAUGGAGAUCUUGAGCCAUAGUGGCUAUGGAUUCCAGAAGAUUGAAUCUCCGAGUUUAAGGAACACACCUUUAAUCUGGGCUACGCCUUUCAUCUGGGAUUAAAGGUGUGGUGGAACACACCUUUAAUCUGGGCUCCACCUUCUGCUGGAGACAAUAUAAGGACAUUGGAAGAAGGGAGUCUAGCUCUUGCUCUUGCUCCUUCGCCUGCUUGCUGCGUGAGACUGAGUAACUGCUAGAUCCUUGGACUUCCAUUCACAGCUGCGACUGAACCAUUGUUGGGAAUUGGGCUGCCAACUGUAAGUCAUCAAUAAAUUCCUUUACUAUUUAGAAAUUAUCCAUAAGUUCUGUGACUCUAGAGAACCCUGACUAAUACAGAAGUUGGUACCAGGAGUGGUUCUAGAGUAACAGAAGUACAAGGAUGAAUCUUUUAAAAUACUGGAAUUGGCUUGUUGAUCCACCAGCACUUUCAAAUAUUGAAACCUCUCCAGAUUCUCUCCCUCCUGGGAGCUCAGAGAAUUUUGAAGACCCAUGGUUGAAACUAUAUUCCGAACUUAAAGAAGCUAAUGCCCUUGAUUUUCUUAAUGAAUUAGGUGAUUCAGUGCACAAAGCUUUCUACAAGAUGGGGAAAAAAUCGAAAAAUGAUUUUACUGGCUGGCUGCUCUACCACUUGGACCAUAUGACCCAGCAGAUCCGAUGGUACUUGAGGUGUCUGUGGCUGAUAGAGAUGCUGUUUGGAGCCUCUGGCAGGCCCCUGUAGGUGAAUCACAGAAAAGGCCUUUGGGAUUUUGGAGCAAAGCUCUACCAUCAUCUGCAGACAACUAUUCUCCCUUUGAAAAACAGCUCUUGGCCUGCUAUUGGGCCUUAGUGGAAACUGAACGUCUGACAAUAGGACACCAAGUCACUAUGCGACCUGAACUACCCAUCAUGAGCUGGGUACUAUCAGACCCUGCAAGUCAUAAAGUGGGACGUGCACAGCAGCAGUCUAUUAUCAAAUGGAAGUGGUAUAUACGUGAUCGGGCCAGAGCAGGUCCUGAAGGCACAAGCAAGUUACAUGAAGAAGUUGCUCAAAUGCCUAUGGUUUCUACUCCUGUUACAAUGCCAUCUGCUGCCAAGCAUGCACCUAUAGCCUCAUGGGGUGUUCCCUAUGAUCAACUGACCGAAGAGGAGAAGACUAGAGCCUGGUUUACUGAUGGCUCUGCACGUUAUGCAGGCACCACCCAGAAGUGGACAGCUGCAGCAUUACAACCCCUUUCUGGGACAACCUUGAAAGACACAGGUGAAGGGAAAUCUUCACAGUGGGCAGAACUUCGGGCAGUACACAUGGUAUUACAGUUUGUUUGCAAGAAGAAAUGGCCAGAUGUACGAUUAUACACUGACUCAUGGGCUGUAGCCAAUGGAUUGGCUGGAUGGUCAGGGACUUGGAAAGAUCACAAUUGGAAAAUUGGUGAGAAAGACAUCUGGGGAAGAAGUAUGUGGAUAGAUCUCUCCAAAUGGGCAAAGGAUGUGAAGAUAUUUGUGUCCCAUGUAAAUGCUCACCAAAAGGUGACUUCAGCUGAGGAGGAGUUCAAUAAUCAAGUGGAUAAGAUGACCCGUUCUGUGGACAAUCAGCCUCUCUCCCCAGCCAUCCCUGUCAUUGCUCAAUGGGCACAUGAACAAAGUGGCCAUGGUGGUCGAGAUGGAGGUUAUGCUUGGGCUCAGCAACAUGGGCUUCCACUCACCAAGGCUGACCUGGCUACAGCUGCUGCUGAUUGCCAGAUCUGCCAACAGCAGAAACCAACACUGAGCCCCAGAUAUGGCACCAUUCCUCGAGGUGACCAGCCAGCAACCUGGUGGCAGGUUGACUACAUUGGACCACUUCCUUCGUGGAAAGGACAGCGUUUUGUUCUUACUGGAGUAGAUACUUAUUCUGGUUAUGGAUUUGCCUUUCCUGCACGUAAUGCCUCUGCUAAAACCACCAUUCACGGACUGACAGAAUGCCUCAUCUAUCGUCAUGGUAUUCCACACAGUAUUGCUUCUGACCAAGGAACUCAUUUCACAGCCAGAGAAGUACGACAGUGGGCUCACGAUCAUGGAAUUCACUGGUCUUACCACAUUCCCCAUCAUCCUGAAGCAGCUGGGCUGAUAGAAAGAUGGAAUGGCCUUUUGAAGACGCAGUUACAGCGCCAAUUAGGUGGUAACAGCUUGAAAGGCUGGGGCAGAGUUCUUCAGAAGGCAGUAUAUGCUUUGAAUCAGCGCUCAAUAUAUGGUACAGUUUCACCCAUAGCCAGGAUUCAUGGGUCCAGGAAUCAAGGGGUGGAAAACGGAAUAGUUCCACUUACUAUCACUCCUAGUGACCCUCUAGGAAAAUUUUUGCUUCCUGUCCCCAUAACUCUAGGUUCUGCUGGCUUAGAAGUUUUGGCUCCAGAGAGGGGAGUGCUCCUACCAGGAGCUACAACAAACAUUUCAUUGAACUGGAAGCUCAGACUUCCCCCUGGUCAUUUUGGGCUUCUAAUGCCCUUAAACCAACAGGCUAAAAAAGGAAUAACAGUGUUAGGAGGGGUGAUAGAUCCAGAUUACCAUGGGGAAAUUGGAUUACCUCUUCACAAUGGUGGUAAGCAAGAUUAUGUCUGGAGUGCAGGAGAUCCCUUAGGGCGUCUCUUAGUACUACCAUGUCCUGUGAUUAAAGUCAAUGGGAAACUACAACAGCCUAAUCCAAGCAGGAUGACAAAGGACGCAGACCCAUCAGGAAUGAAGGUAUGGGUCAAUCCUCCAGGAAAAGAGCCAAGACCUGCUGAGGUGCUGGCUGAAGGUGAAGGAAAUACAGAAUGGGUAGUAGAGGAAGGUAGUUAUAAAUACCAAUUAAGGCCACGUAACCAGUUGCAGAAACGAGGAUUAUAAAGUAAUAUGAAUGCCCAUUGUAAAUUUACUAAUGCGUUUGCGAUUGUACGAGGGAUAGUUAUAUCAUGUUAGGCGUAUUUACAACCUUGUUAUUGUUUCAUGUGAACAUGAGAUAUUAUUUGUGUCAAGUUGACAAGGGGUGGAUUGUAGUGGCUAUUCCUGGUUGUCAACUUGACAAUAUUUGGAAUGAACUACAAUUCGGAAUUGGAAGGCUCACCAGUGACCCUUAUCUGGAGGCUUGGAGAUCCUUAUCUGGAUCUUGGUAUGGAGAUCUUGAGCCAUAGUGGCUAUGGAUUCCAGAAGAUUGAAUCUCCGAGUUUAAGGAACACACCUUUAAUCUGGGCUACGCCUUUCAUCUGGGAUUAAAGGUGUGGUGGAACACACCUUUAAUCUGGGCUCCACCUUCUGCUGGAGACAAUAUAAGGACAUUGGAAGAAGGGAGUCUAGCUCUUGCUCUUGCUCCUUCGCCUGCUUGCUGCGUGAGACUGAGUAACUGCUAGAUCCUUGGACUUCCAUUCACAGCUGCGACUGAACCAUUGUUGGGAAUUGGGCUGCCAACUGUAAGUCAUCAAUAAAUUCCUUUACUAUUUAGAAAUUAUCCAUAAGUUCUGUGACUCUAGAGAACCCUGACUAAUACAGGUAGAAACCCCUGAGUGAGAUUAGAUAAUUAAUACAACAGUAAAUAAACACACAACACACACACACACACACACACACACACACACACACACACACACACACUGUAUUUUAAAGGUUCAAGGGGAUAGAGAGAUGGUAAGUGGUUAAGACCAUGUAUUGCUCUUGUAGAAGACUCAGGUUUGGUCCUCACAUCCAUGGCUUAUAACCACCUGUAACUCCAGCUCCAGGAGGUCAGACCUGAUGCUGUUUUGACCUCUGAGGGCACCCUUACAUACUCAUCUAUGCACACAUGCACACACGCACACACAAAUAAAUAAUUAAAUGAAGCGGAAAAAUGAUUCCUAAAAAUGAUCCAAAACUGCUCUAUUACGCCCUUGGCCUUGAUUCCACAUUGAGGAGGCUUCUGUGGCUUGUUCUAUUGGCUCACACUCUACUCGGUUUAUUGGGUGCCUGGAAUUCCCAGGCUUCAUUUCUCAGGACUAUGGAUUACUUAACAUUUGUCUCUCUUGACACUGUCAGCCAUGAAGGCCACUCACCGGGCUACUGACUUCUGUAGGAGGGGAGCCACUUCGUUUGCAAUCUCACCCCCCCCCCCCCCCCCGCACUGCCUUUUGAUACUGUCAUUACGCUCUCAGUCACCAGUAGUCACUUUGCUUCAAUGAGUAAACCAGGAGACCUCGGGCCUAACACACUGAGCCAGGUCACCCUUUCCAUGAGGGAGGGAGGGAGGGGGGGGCAGAGGGAGAGAGCGCCAGUGGGUGUAUAGGGAAGGCUGGUGUGGGGAGUUUGCAGUCUAAUCCUGGCAUGGAGCAGGAUUCAGGAAGGAAGCAGACAGAAGCAGGACAGCAGAUAAGUCCCUGUACACAAGAGUUCUGUGUGUACACUUAAACAUGGGUGUGUGUGAUCUUGGAGAUCCACUUCCGCCCAAACAACAAUGCCUGGUUCCGAAAGAGGAUCUGGGCUUGGUUCUUUCUUGGUGCGAUUUAUCUGCUGCAUGUUUUCCAACACCAGUGGCCCAGGAUACAGAUGGUUAAGAAUGCCAUUUAGUCACAUGCCAGGCCAUGGCAAGCAUCACAUUUCCUCAUUUAAACUCCUAGGCAAUCUUCUGGACAGGCCCUAUAAUACCCCAGGCCACAUAUGAAUAUAUUAAAAAUAAAAAAAGCCAGUUACUAAGUAGCUAAGCUCCACCAUAGGUUGGAUUGUUGGGAAGCUGGCACUGGCAUCCAAGGGUUCUAAACCAAAUGACCUCUAAAUGCCCUCUGUGCUGGGCACCUGCUCUCCAGGCGCUUACAACACUUCUCUGAAUUGCUCAGGUAAGAGAUACACUUCCUGCGAUUUUCUAUUGAGAAGCUGAUUGGGCUCAGUGAAGAGCCUGCUGGCACAUGAGCGAAGAGGAAAGGUUAAGAUACCCGCCUGGAAGUCCCUUGAGGUUUCAUUUUGCAGAUGCCCAUUCUAUCCACAUGCCUAGAGAACAAUCUAGAAUGCCACAGCUAGCUGGGGGUAACCUCAACACUGCCCCCCAUGUUCCCUGGGAGCCCUACAGGCAGAAGUCUAGCAAGUGGAGGCGGGGAAGGAAUUAUUUGCCAGCAACUGCUUUGGCAAGGUGACAGUAGUGAAGCAAGUGUGACAGUAUGUGUUCCAUUGCUGGCACUGGCGGGCUAGGAGGGGCCUGCUCACCUCGGCUGCCUCACCUCUCACGGUCAGCAGCAGUGAGCCCAUGGCUGAAGCGGUCUCAGUGGCACUGUGGCACAGAGAAAUAAUGCAAAUGUACUUUGGAGUCUGGCCAGGCAGCAAGCAUAGCCUGCAGGGCCCACGAUGCCCACGGAGACUUGGGAUGCUUGCAACGAGAGCUUCUUGUGCUCACAGCUCCACAUAUAUCCACAGUUUCAGGGCUGGGCCUCAGCCAUGGGUGCCAAUGUUCAAGCUAUGGGAGGGACAGAAUCUAAGACAGGAAUCUGACACCCCCCAAACCUCAGUGAUUUCACCCUGGCCACAGCUGAAUCCAAUUAUCCAACUGAUAUCUUCCUCCCUCUCUCACUCACUCUCCCCCCUCCCCCUCUGUGCCUCCCCCCCCCCCUGCUUUUCAGAGACCCAGAGGUUGUGAAUUUGGCUAAGCUUUCUGGAUAGUGAGUUUCAGGGACUCACCUGUUUUCACCCCCUGCCCAGCAAUGGUUUAAUAAAUGCAUACAGCAGGACUCAGCUUUUAUGUAAGCGCUAGAGAUCUGAACUCAGGAAGGCCCUCAUGCGAGGGGACAGCCAUUUUCCCUGCCCUUGAUGCCCCUAUCUUAAUUAACAGUUAUGUUUAAGCCAGUCAAACCUGGCUGGCCCUUCACGAAACAGAUGAGUGGAGAAUCGCUCAGUCAGGUCGGGUUAAGGUUUCCGGGAAAGACUUGCUCUCUGUUUGAUAAGCAGAGUACCAAGGUGGAGGGAAAUCCUUUGUCCCAGAUGUCCAAAGCAGACACCAAGGACUCAAAUCCACACUUCCGUAUCUUAUUCCAGCCUGUGAGCCAAUCAGACUCUUACAAAAGAACUGGGUGGUUGGAAAGCCCGAUUAGCUUCCCAGGCUAGCCCACAAAGUUCCAUUAAAUCUCCUGGGGCUUAGCUGUGUGUUCUUUGCUGUGCAUCCUUAGUUGGUUAUGAAACCUCUCUGGGCUUCGGCUUCCCUAUGUGUCAGAGGGUCACAGUGAGAACUAUAUGAGAUCAUCUCCAGCAGCAUGCAGCACUCCUAGAAGACAGGCACUAUAUACAAUUGAGAUAACAGUGCCAGCAAAACACUGUUUCUACAGCAGGGCUUCUCUAUGCCAGAGCCAGUGAGUGACAUUUGGCAGCUGUCCUAUAAUGUUUAGCAGCAUUUCCCGCCUCUACCCACAAGAUGCCCCCAACACACCCCACUUUCCAGAUACUUCAGCAACCCCAAUGAGGACCUUGGUUUUCCAGGAAAAGACCCAAGUCUCAGGAGCCUUAUGAGGCCCUGCUUAGGAGCCAGGGACUUUUCUCCUUCUCACUUGGCCAGGUACCCCUAACUCCUGCUUGCAGAGGAAUCCAAUGAGUGUCACUACAGUGGCUGAUGAGAGAGUGAGGCUCCCCAUCUCCAUCCUAGUCACCUGCAGCCGGAACAUGGCCACCCCCACAGGUAGCCCCCUCUAGGCUCUUAAUUCCCCUUCAACAACAAGGGGCAGGAGAGCCACCUGUGCACAUUAUGGGGCCCCAGGCAGAGCAAAGGUGUCCAGCAGAUCACAGACAGCGGUGUGGGCACCAACUGGACACAUAGACAAAAUAGACUGGAUUUGUCCCCGAGCUUCCCGGAUGCUGUGAGCUUGAAUAUUUGCCCCUCUCUAUGUUCUCUUGGAUGCCCUCCUGACCUGUAUCUCUCCAUUUUACCCACGGAUCUGUCAAACAAUGGUGGGCCAGACACCCACUCUAUAUCUAGCCCCUAUAUUAGAUAUCUAAAAACAUUCUUUUGAAGUGAUUCAUUUUCAAGAGGGGACCAAGGAAGAACUUAACUAAAUAAAUAUAAGAAAAGGCAUAGUGGGAAAGGUUCAUAUAUUCAACUGAAAAAAAAAAAGCAAUGUAUGUUCAUACACGUAGCCAGGAACUCACAAGAGCCAUAUACAGUAUGCUCAGGGGAGACGGAAUGCAACACAAGUCCUUAACAUUUCCAACAAAUGAACUGCACACGUUGAUGUUUAAAGGGGAGGAGAAGUCAGUCUGCAGAAAUUCCACUCCAGCCCCAUCGCAUCCCCAGGCUGACCCAGCCCUCCAAGGACGAGUGGGCCAGAGAGCUUGCUCUGUACAAGGGCUCAUGUUCUCAACGAGCAAGCCUGACCUUAACUCAAUCCAACCAAGUUUUCUUCUUGCAAUUCCUGGGCACUCUCUCUGCUUCCUUUGUUCCUCUCUGGGGAACGGAGCCUGACACUAGAAGCCACUUAAAAGCCACACCCUUCCACCAACACACAAUUGUGUAGACAGACAGGGUCUGUGCAGAGGGCAAAGAGGCACACCGUGGGCUGUCAUUCAUCUUUAAAAAAAACAAACAAACCACCCAGCCAAGCUAAGAAAUAUUCAAACCAUCCGAAGGUGAACCGCAAAGCCAAGCUAGGGUACUAUAUCAUACACAUCUGCUGGUGAGGCAAACUGUCCAGAACAGAUCAGCAGUCAUUACACCCGGCCUGGCAGCUGGGGGAGGAAUGGGCACACAAAUUAUCUGGACAGCCAUUUGUUUAGAGAAGCUUUGCAAAUGGCGAGUGGGCAAGCAAUUCUUAUGUGGCAAACACAAGCAGUAUCAUUGAACCCCAGAUGACAUCUCAGAAUUGUAACCACCGAAUUAACCUACCAUGGCUUCAUACUUCUUUUUCUGCUAUGAGACCUGACAGUUGAAUGGGUGGCGUAGGAUCCGUGAAAAUUUUGGGCAGUCUUGUGGAGCCCGGGGACUGAGCCGAAAAUGGCCUGGUUAGUUUGUCUCUGACCCUGUCAUACACCCAAUGCUAACCAGCCGGAAAAAAAGACUUGGGAUUACAAUUUCUUGAACACUAGAGGAUAAAUAGGGCCUCCCGGACAUAAAAGGGAGCACACACCCGCGGAGGUUGGUGGGUGAAAUCUUGGCUCUUGAACCCUUUCGGAUGAGCCUAGCUCAGCGCUCCACAGCUCUGGCUUCAGCACAAACUUCUAGCUUCUGAGGUGAAUGAAACUGGCUUGUUAAAGGGCAGAGCCAGGAAUGGAGUCUCUCAAACUCAGCAGCAACCCCCACGAUCUUUAAUUAACAACACGGGCCUUGGCCAGCACAGUACCUCACUCGACCCCUCAACACAGUGCAAAAUGGGAGUUCGAAGACGCUGUGAUCUGAGCUUUGUUUCUGCACUGGAUGCUCGCGAAAUUUCUGCCAGGCGGGCCCGGCCACGAUGCCACAGCCUCAGGCCGCGGUUUGAUCGGGAGAGGGCGUUCCACCCCCAGCCUACAUCAAUCUGAGUGAGCAGUCGACGUGGGCAAUUCGGCCCUUAAGAAGCUCAUCCAUCGGUCUCAAAACUGCUUACCCGCACCAGUAUUCAGCGGUAAAAUUAACCAGAAAACCUCGAAGACCGAGCUUACUGUACGGUGGGGAGGCUGGGACCUCUUAGCUUUCUAUCCCUCUCUGGUUUCAAGGGCUGUUGUAGAUGUGGAUUUUUUUAAAAAUGAAAGUCCCUCAUUUAAAUGAUAUUAAUAAAAUAAUAUCAGUCAGCACGCUUAUAAUAAAAUACAUUAGAGGCAUCUCUCUCUCUCUCUCUCUGGAUGGCUAUGGUUGCCAGUGCCAAGAGAAUGAUGCUCGCAUCAGGGAUGAGGGGCCCCUUCCUCGUGUCUUCCAGGCACUAUCAGAC